AUGAAAACGGAUUUUACGAAAGCUGCUGCCGAUAUCGAAAACUUGUCUCACCAGCCACUGAAAUAUUCUGAUGUCCUCAAAGACAAGUCGCAACCAGCCAUUAUAAUUCGUCCUAAGAGUACCAAUCAAACGAUCACACAAACCAAAUCGGAAAUAUUGCGCAACAUCGAUCCUACAGCAGAACAGUUUCAACUGGCUAAAGUAAAAUCGGUAAAAGAUGGUGGAAUUUUAAUAGGCUGCAAAAAUAAAGCAGAUAACGAAAAACUAAUGCAGAUGGUGAAGCAGAAGAUGUCGAACUCAUACGAUGUCAAGGAGUUGUUGUUGCACUUUCGGCGUGUAAACAAGUCUCGUUACGAGGAAGAACAGCAAAAAUUACAAAAUUUAUUGCAAGAAUGUUUUUCCGAUGAAGAGGAUAUGAACCAUUUCGAACCCGACGGAACGUCAGAUGAAUUUGAACCCGAAUCAGAUGACGAUUCUGACUCUGAUUCAAUAAAAUAUCAACCGCGCAAAAAGAAGAAAGUUUCAACAAAAAUUAGUGGCUCAAAACGCAAUACCAAUUUACACCAAGUGAAGCCUCAGAUAUACUGGAAGAUGUUGGUCGAGCUAACAGAAGACGUUGUGUAA